CUGUAGUCUUCCCAUCUCCCCACCCCGGCCAUUUCUGCGCCCGGUUUCCCCUCCCCUCCGCCGGCUCGUCUCCCUCCACCCCUCCCUCUCCCCUCGGUGAUUUCAGCCUGGCUCCGUUUCCCUUUGUCCCCUUCCCACUUCUCCUUUCCCGAUUUCCAACCCCCGUCCCCUCGCCGCCCACCCCGGCUUUCCCAGGCCUCCUGCUCAGCGUCUGAGGCCUCCGGCCCGGUGAGGGAUGAUGGGGGUCGUCCUUCUGCACCCAGUGGUCAUGACCGUGGCCGGAGGGAAGUGAAGGGCGCCUAGCUGUCCUCCCUCAUGAAAAUACGCGGCGCCUGUUAACCCCUGCAGCUCGAGAGCCAUGGCGUCUGGCAGUACUACCGCCAGUGAGGAAGAGAGGAGUCUCCGGGAAUGUGAGAUCUAUGUCCAGAAACACAACAUCCAGGCCCUGCUAAAGGACUCUAUUGUGCAGCUGUGCACCGCUCGACCCGAGAGACCCAUGGCAUUCCUUCGGGAAUACUUUGAGAGGCUGGAGAAGGAGGAGGCAAAACAGAUUCAGUGUCAACAGAAAAGCGGCGCUCGUACCGACUCCAGGGAGGACGAAAUCUCUCCUCCUCCUCCCAACCCAGUGGUGAAGGGCCGGAGGCGCCGCGGUGCUAUCAGUGCUGAAGUUUACACGGAGGAGGAUGCUGCGUCCUACGUUAGGAAGGUUAUACCCAAAGAUUAUAAGACAAUGGCUGCUUUAGCCAAAGCCAUCGAAAAGAAUGUGCUGUUUUCACACCUUGAUGAUAAUGAAAGAAGUGACAUUUUUGAUGCCAUGUUCCCAGUCUCCUUUAUUGCUGGAGAGACGGUUAUUCAGCAAGGUGAUGAAGGGGAUAACUUCUACGUGAUUGAUCAAGGAGAAAUGGAUGUUUAUGUCAAUAAUGAAUGGGCAACCAGUGUUGGGGAAGGAGGGAGCUUUGGAGAGCUGGCUUUGAUUUAUGGAACACCUAGAGCAGCCACUGUUAAAGCGAAGACAAAUGUGAAGCUGUGGGGCAUCGACCGAGACAGCUACCGGAGAAUCCUCAUGGGAAGCACUCUGAGAAAGAGGAAGAUGUAUGAAGAAUUCCUUACUAAAGUGUCUAUUUUAGAGUCUCUGGACAAGUGGGAGCGUCUCACAGUGGCUGAUGCAUUGGAGCCUGUCCAGUUUGAAGAUGGACAGAAGAUCGUGGUGCAGGGAGAACCAGGGGACGAGUUCUUCAUUAUUUUAGAGGGCACGGCUGCUGUGCUGCAGCGUCGGUCAGAAAACGAAGAGUUUGUUGAAGUGGGACGGCUGGGGCCUUCUGAUUAUUUCGGUGAAAUUGCCCUGUUGAUGAAUCGUCCUCGGGCCGCCACAGUGGUUGCGCGUGGCCCUUUGAAGUGUGUUAAGCUGGACCGCCCCCGGUUUGAACGUGUCCUUGGCCCAUGCUCUGAUAUCCUCAAGCGAAACAUCCAGCAGUACAACAGCUUUGUGUCUCUGUCCGUCUGAGAUCUGCCUCCUGUGCCUCUCUUCUCCCCAGUCCAUGCUUCACUCAUGCAGACUGCUCUCUCCCUAUCUGCAGCGCCACGUGGCCACUGGCUUCACAGCUUCUUGUCUCUUUAUACUAAAAGCUGCUUUAUUGCACCAUUUUUUUUCAUUUGGAGCAUUGACUGGAUGCUCAACCACAAAUAAAUAGAGAGUUCUAUGGACUUGGCUGUUACCGCUUCUCUCUGUGCAGUGCUAGUGUUCAACCUGGGCAGCAAGUGCCAUACUUUUUGGUGAGGGCGGUCCUGCACCAGUGAAUUACUGUAAUGAUGUAAUAACAGUGCAGGGGGUUUUAAGUGACACAGAUUUCCAUUUCCAUAUGACACAAGUGACAUAUUUAGACUGUGGCCAUGUUUGCCGUAUUUCUUUAUAGAAUAAAUGAUUUUAACUUUUAAGGAUUAGAAGAAUGGAUAUAGAAAAAUUCUAGUACAGUAGAAAGAGAUCUGCUUGUAAUUCAGCUAGUUUAAGUGUGGGAAAUGCCCAUGUUUUGCUAAUUACCAGACAGAUACAACUAGUUCAGCCCCCUCAGCCUGGUUUUGUUUGUACAUUGCUAGUGUUUCUUCUCCAACCCUGAAUUAUUUUGGUGUGGCUAUCUAUAUCUGCCUUUUAAGUUUGAAAUCAAGUUGUAGAUGGCCAGUACUGGGUGGUGACUUAAUUAACAUCUGUCUCAGCUCACAGGUUCUAAUGAUAACUAAUCCAGCUGGUGCCAAAUACUGAUCAGGAGAUGCAGAACUGUGAGUGAGAAUUUGAGGUCUGCACUUUGUUAACUGCCGUUAACUAGUGUGAUCUGCCCUCGGUUAUUGAUUCUAGGAGAUUGGGUUUACGGAGAAUAGACAGAGACAGAACAAGCUCCAAAGAAGGAAAUGGAGGCAGUGUUGCUGAAGGUGGUUGGGGUCUGGUGUCCAGAGACAGGAAGCUUUGUUCUUCAGUUGUCUCUUCCCGGUUUAUGUUAGCGAGGGUGGAUAGGAUGUGGUCUGAAAGGCCAUCCUGCUGAAAGUCCUACCUUUUCCUGUCUAACCUUGAAUUUCUCUGGUAAACUUUAUUGAUUUCUGUUUGUGUGUGUGUUUAUGUUUCUUUUCUUUUUCUUUUUUUUUUUUUAGUAAAUUUGUGUUUGAGUCUUAACUGUAUUUCAGUAUUUUCCAGCCUUAUGUGUUAUUAUUCCAAUGAUGACCCAACAGUUUAUUUUUAUUACUGUUAUUUUUUAAACAAAAUUUCACAGUUCCUAACUAGGCAUGUUGUGGUUUAUGUACAAUGUAAGGUUCUAUUUGGGAGUGCCUGCAAGCAUUUUCCAUGUGUGUGUAAGUGGUUCUGAUUAAUAAUCUCCUCCUACCCUUUCCCAGUUAACUUCAAUUGGUUAUGACAGAUUUUUUUUCUUGAUGGGUUGAAAUGCUUUUAGGUUGUUACUAACUUGGGAAAGGAAUUUCAUUUAGGUUUUAGUGUGGGGUAGAAAGCUACCUUGUUGCUAUUUCUAAAACUCCCAUAAUCUAUAUUAAAUGAGGGUUUUCUGUACUUUGUGUUUGGCUAUCUUUUUUAUAUUUAAAAAAUAAAAAUUAUGUUAUUAGAUUAAAGCUUAAUUUGAUAUUUGUUUAAAUGCCAAAAAUGUACUUACGUGAAUGAUGUAGAAUGCCACAAGAUGCAUUUUUGUGUGUAUAUAUCCCUUUGUUGUUGUAUACUGAGGUACACGCUCUGCUUUCCAGAGAGCUCUACUCAAUGCUAGCUUGCUGGUUACUUCCUUUUGUAGGUUUUACUCUUAGACUUCUCAAGUCUAAAUUUAAAAAUUACCACAUUUCAAGCUUUAUCUUUGUGCAAUUUAAAUAUCAGUCAGAAGUUAUGGUUGGCAUACUGUGUCUUUGUGGACUCUAGGCACCAUCAUCUCUGGAUGGGUGGAUGAAUUCAGAUCUACUGAGAAAGUGGAGAUGGCCAAAGGGACAGUUGCUGUUUCCUGGAUACUAGUUUGAUAUACCGUGUGCUAACCUAAUACAUGCUCUUCUUUUGUUACAGACUGUCUCAAUGGUAGGUCACAGAAUAAAAAAGAUUAAAUAAUUUAAA